AGCCUCUCGGCUCAGAGAGGGUGCCCCCCCCCUCGCCAGGACAUGCGCACCACUGGAUGCCUCGACAAGCGGCGCCGCAGGCAGCAUCGGCGGUCCGUGGUGUGUGGGGCCGCCGCCGCCGCCAUCCUGUGGCAGCUCAGAGUGCAGGAAGGCGACGCCCUGGCGUUGCUGCAUGGGCGCAGGGGGACAGUGACGGCACGGAGGUGCGGUGUGGAGCCAGCGGAGCGCUAUCCUGCGUUCAACUUCGCUGAGGAGGUCCAGGUGGAGGUGGGCACAUGGAGCGGUGUGGAGCAGUCGGGCUCUUUCCGCAAGGUGGGUAAGGCGGGAAUUUGUCGAGUCUAUCGCUUGGCAAGGGUGCUCGACACGCCAGAGGUAGGAGAGGUCUUGCGUCACGUGAAGCGCAGCGAGAGAUAUACGACUGAUGCAGACUCGGUUGAUUCGCGGCCUUCUUUUGAGUACUAUCCCUUCCAGAAUGGUCGGUGGCAGGAUGAGGGAUUGCGUGAGAUUCUUCAUUGCUUUGUGGAAGACCGUCUAAUGCCUUAUGUGCGAGAACGGUAUGCGUGUGACACCUGCGCGCUCGCGGAUAUCCUGGUUCGUCGGUAUGUUCCUGGUGAGCGGCGCACGCACCGUGUCCAUUUCGAUGGCCAUGCGUUCGCAACUGCGGUGCUGGGCGUCUCGGACCCUGCCGACUACGAGGGAGGCCUUUUCGUGCAGCCCGGCCCAGAUGUGGCAUCGGCUGCCUCCCUGCAGAUCGACCCUGGCGAUCUCGUUGUCCAUUCGUUUGAUCUGCAGCACGGCGUCCGAGUUUUGGGGGGAGAGAGAUACAGCGUCGUCUUCUGGAUAAAAGACACCUCCCGGUCUGUGGCAGACGGGACUGUCCCGUGGCAUGAGAAGCUCGCAGAGCAGGGAGAUGCAGACGCGCUCUUCAACUUGGCGACGCACUAUGAGCACGGCACCUACGGCAAGCAGCAGGACCCGCUGCGGGCCAUUGAGCUCUACGAGCGCAGCGCGACAUUGGGUCAUCAUUUUGCUCAAAACAAUGUUGCAAUCAUGUACCGCUCGGCUCAUAUGAGCAACCCUGAUCUGAUUUCUGGGGCGUUGGGCAGAUCUGCGAUGUGGUUUGAGAAGGCGGCCGAGGCUGGAUUUGCUUUGGCACAGAAGAACUACGCUGAGGCGUUUGCAGGCGGGUUAGGGGUGGAGAUGAAUAUGACUCGCGCUGUUGCCUGGAUGCGCCGUGCAGCGGAACAGCACGAUCUUGAGGCAGAGUUUGUGAUGGGCGAGAGUUGCCGGCUGGGGCGUGGUGUCGAGCUUGACAUGAUGGAGGCGGUGAGAUGGUACCAGGCUAGUGCCGAAGCAGGCUUCCCGAAGGCACAGUAUGCGCUCGGCGUUCUCUUCUGUGCUGGCACCAGUGGAGUGGCCAGGGACAUGGAGAUGGGUGGGGUACGGUGGCGGACUGGCUGCAAUGUGCAGGCGCACAGGGCGACCUUAAGGCAAAACACAAUCUGGCCGCCAUCUUCAUGCAGCGUGAUGAGAUUAACCGAGCAGUUCCCUUGUGGCAGGACCUUGCCCAGGCUGGAGAGCAGACUGCGCAGUGUAGGUUGGGCCUGUGCUACAAGCUCGGUGUUUGUGUGGUGCAGAGUCCGAGAGAGGCUCGAAAGUGGCUUUCGAAAUCCGCUGCUCAAGGCAACGAGCAAGCAGCAUUAUCGCUGCAAGAGCUCGAGUCUGAGGUGUGAUGUCGCUUCAGACAUCCGUAGAGCCCGAUUCCCUCUGAUAUAGUUGGACGUGUAUGUACGCACCCCCCACAGGGAGUAGAGCCCAGAGCCGAUGAUUGAUGCCGCCGUUCGCGUGAUGUUUCGACAGGGACGUGCUCAAAUUCUGGCAAUCGGAUACACCCAUUACGCAGAUCGCACCAACAUUGUCCGUGUUUGAAUUGAAAUAGUUUGCCAUGUUCAGCGUGCAUGAUUUCGUUACUUACAUGAUUAAUCGGCAGGGCUCAAUGUUUCAAAUUGCUCCUCCUGCCUUUCCUCCGCCUCGUGGAGGAGGAGCAGGACAAAUGUUCUUGCGAAUGCGAUGCACGACAAAUGUUCUUGAAUCUUAUACGCCCUCGGCCGCUCGGCGAUUUCUGCAGUCACCGCAGCUCUAGUACAGGUGACGAUUGCGAUUGCCAGCUGGUAGCCCGGACGACAUGUCGAGCAGAGCGAGAUGAGAACAGC